AUGUAUCCAGCAAACAGCGGAAUAUAUCAAGGAAGUACAGGAGGCUUCCCAGGAAUAAAUGGAGGUUUCUCGAACAGCAAUCCAGGCUUCCAAAAUAACAAUGGAGGUUUUCCAGUUGCAAACAAUAAUGGAAGGAUGCCUGUUGGAAACUCUGGUCUUAGUGGCUACUCAACGAAUCAAGGAGGAUAUCAAGGCCAGAAUGGUGUAUUCCAAGGUUUCAACACGGGAAUCCCUAACAACAAUGGAAAUAUUGAGAAGCGACCCAGUUUCGGUUCAAAUGCUAUGCAAGGAAAAUAA